AGGCGUAAAUUCCAGCGUCUCUGACAUUCCGACGUCAAACUACACCAGACUCGGAGAUCUACUACAAUAUGCACCGAUACUUCAACGUUCUAUUGAUAUCGUAUCAGAUUAUCGUCGCUGUGGGGGAUCCGAUUACGUGUUGCGAGCGUCAUGUCAAACUUUAAGGAUGCGAAACGGGUGAUCCGUCACUGCAUGUCACGCACGCGUUUUAAUCACCGACGCACGUGCGUGUAAUGCAUCUGCGAGAGGAUCGUGCGCCAAUAAUUAUCGCGAAUCGCUUGCCAAAUUGCCACCUCCCUGAGAGCAAAGAGGCACGCACUUUUGAAGGGACGAUCGGUCGGCCCGGUGCGGUGGAGGGCUCUAUAUCGAGGUGAAUACAUAUCGAAAGCAUCAUGUGGAAUGACGAACCUGCAUCAUGGGAUAUAGAGGAACCUGCACCCGCAGCAACUACCGAGGGUGCGGCGGAAGGUGCCCCCGCCGAAGGAGCCGCGCCUGAGAGACCGGUCUUAAAACUGGAGAAGAUCGAGCCUCCCUAUUACAACCAUCACUGGGUUCGACCGCUGUUCCUCAACUAUGCGUAUCUUUACGAUUACAGGAAGAAUUACUACAACGACGUGAUCGACUACCUUAAUCAUAGGCAGAAGGGUUUAUUCCGCGAGCCACCUAGGGCCCAAGAAUGGGCCGAGAGGGCUAUGAGGACCUACGAUCAAAAGAACAUGGAUAAGAGCUUCAAGCGUUCGGCCGACAUGAAAUACAUCACCAACAUGAGACUUACAUCCAGACAUUACAGUUACCAUACUCGCGCUUACUACAGCUUGAAGUAUCAGAAGAUCCUGUGAGCCACCCACCGCCACAUUAUGGAACGCAUUACCGUUUUUCUUUCUUUUCAUCAGGUAUAACGAUACACAUUGUAUAUUUAUACAUUUAUUUAGCGCAAUAUGUAUGCUCGUCGUUGGUGAUACGCGUUGUAAAAUAUACCAUCUUCAAUGUUAA